GGUGCCGUGUCCCGUGCGUGCCGGGGCCGAGGGACAGCCGCGGGGGGAUGCACCGCCUUGCUGCGCCGCCGAUGUGAGGGAAGGGGAGCGGCCCCUUGCGCGCCGGUCCCGGACCAUGGCCGCCCCCGGAGCCCCUGGAGAAUACGAUGUGCUGAUCGUGUUUGCAAGUGACGCCGCUGAAUGGUGUCAGUACCUCCAGAACCUCUUCCUCUUUACGUGGCAAGUUCGAAAGCAUCGGAUUCUGAGCUACCAGCUGGAAGACGACUCUGCCAUCUCCCACCAGGAGCUGGACCUGUUCAGCAGAAGUCGGAGUAUCAUCCUUUUGCUUUCUGCUGGGCUGGUGCAGAGUUUUUAUGUUCCUCACAUCCUGCAGAGCCUUCAGGAAGCUUUAUGGCCCCCGUGCAAAGUAGUCAAGCUGUUCUGUGGUGUUACGGACUGUGAUGACUAUUUGACCUUUUUCAAGGACUGGGCUCAGUGGCAAGAACUCACAAAUGAUGAUGAGCCUGAUGCUUACCUUGCAGCUGUUGAGAAGGCUAUUUCAGAAGACUCAGGCUGUGACUCUGUGACUGAUACAGAAACAGAAGACGAGAAGAAUCCAGUUGACUCCCACAGACUUGCCAUGAGUGAAGAACAUGGAUCAUCCAGGAGCACUGGGGACUGUCCAGUGGUGCAGCCCAGCCGCAUACAAUGUGGGGUGCAGACAACAGUUUAUAUUAUCAUGAAAUGUAAACUAGAUUGUGAAACGAAAACUGAAGUUGAAUUUUCUCCAGAGAAUGCAUCCUCUGUGCGUGUGCUGGCUGAGAUGGAGAAUGAGUACACAAUCUCUGUGCAGGCUCCAAAUUUAACCUCUGGGACAGUGCCCCUGAAGAUAUAUUCAGGGGACUUGAUGGUGGGAGAAACAAGUGUCACUUACCAUACUGACAUGGAGGAGAUCAGCAAUCUGUUGGCUAAUGCAGCCAACCCUGUACAGUUCAUGUGCCAGGCCUUUAAAAUUGUGCCAUACAGCAUAGAAGCCCUGGACAAACUAUUGACUGAGUCACUCAAGAAGAACAUUCCUGCCAGUGGUCUACACCUGUUUGGAAUCAACCAGCUGGAAGAAGAAGAUAUGACAGCAAAUCAGAGGGAUGAGGAAUUGCCAACACUGCUUCACUUCUCUGCAAGAUAUGGGCUGAAGAACCUUACUGCCUUGCUGCUUACAUGCCCUGGAGCACUGCAGGCCUACAGUGUAGCCAACAAGUAUGGCCACUAUCCAAACACCAUAGCAGAAAAGCACGGCUUUAAGGACCUCCGCCAGUUCAUUGAUGAAUAUGUGGAAACUGCAGAUAUGCUAAAGAGUCACAUUAAGGAAGAGCUGAUGCAAGGCGAGGAGGAUGAGUCUGUUUAUGAGUCCAUGGCUCAUCUGUCCACUGAUCUGUUAAUGAAAUGUUCAUUGAAUCCAGGCUCCGAUGAAGAGCUUUAUGAAUCCAUGGCUGGAUUUGUCCCGGGUGCCCCAGAAGAUCUUUAUGUAGAGAUGCUUCAAUCCAAACCAGACACUCCAGCUGCUGGAGAUGAAGUUUCUAUAACUACAAAAGACUCAAUGCUCCGCAAGUUUUUAGAAGGUGGUAGCAUGGAUGUGCCAGAUUCUGAGGAAGGAGGUCGAGAGCAGUAUGGUGAAGACGUGUACUACUCAGUGGAACAAGACCCUUUUCCACAAGAAAUGGCUAACAGACCUCCAGUUCCUGUUCCAAGACCAGAAUCUAGCUCUCCACAGCCAGACAAUGAGCUGUACAUCUCCAAAAUUUUUGCACAGAAGGCUCAAAGACCUGAGAAUCUUUAUGUCCCUAGAGGAAGAAUUAAGAAAGAGACAAUAGUCAGGCCUGUAAGGGACCUGUCUCAAUCAAGUAUAUAUGAUCCAUUUGCUGGAAUGAAAACCCCAGGUCAGCGGCAGCUGAUUACAUUACAGGAGCAAGUGAAGAUGGGCAUCCUCACUGUGGAUGAAGCUGUACUUCACUUUAAGGAGUGGCAACUGAACCAGAAAAAGAGAUCAGAAUCAUUCCGGUUCCAGCAGGAAAAUCUGAAACGUCUACGAGACAGCAUAACCAGGAGGCAAAUGGAGAAGCAAAAAAAAGACAAAAGUGCAGAUUUGGAAAUUACAGUACCCAUUCGACAUUCUCAUAAUACUUUGGGGAAACUAGAAUGUGGAAUAUAUGAAUACACGCCCAGGAAAAACCUUUUUCCACCAAAAAAGGAGAUAAAACGAGGAGACUGGAAAACAGAAAGCACAUCCAGCACAACAAGUAGUGCAAGUAACCGCUCCAGCACUCGGAGUAUCUUGAGUGUCAGCAGUGGGAUGGAAGGGGACAGUGAGGACAGCGAAGUCCCAGAAACAGCAAGGAGCCGUAGCCCAAUUCAUCACCAAGUAGAGAGGCUUCCUUUCCCAGAAAGGCCUCCCAGAGUGCCUCCUCGAGGUGCAAGCAGGCCUGUAAGCUGUGAAGGCUUUUAUCCUCCACCUGUGCCUCCAAGAGGUCGCUGAAUCUCUCAACAUCUGUGGAAUACAAGAUUUUUUUGUUGUUUAUAUAUGUGUUUGUACAGAAAUUUUUUUUGGGCUGAGUUAAAUUAUUUAUAAGUGAGACCCAAAUGAUUUCAUCCCCUUCAUCCUCCCCGAAGCUCUGGUGAUUUUCCCCAUGAUUUUUACUGAGAUUUUUUGAUGUUCUAUAACAUUUUUUUUAGUUGGAAGAAUUUUGGUGCUUUGGGGCUUCAAGGAAAGGUAUCAUCAUUGGGAAAAACAUUGAUGUGUGUCUUGGGAGCCCUGCACCAACAUGAAGAUCCCAUUUGAUCAAGAAAGCACAUGUGUCCUUUUAGGAACUAAAUCCUGAUAAGCAUUGUUACCAAACCUCUCAAUACAGUCUAGCAAGGCUUGACUGAAAAACAUGCUUAAAAUGUAAAGAAAAUAAGAUGUUUGAAAAAUGCUCAUUACAGCAGGAGCAGGUGAAUGUACUACUGCUUGGCAUAACAUUUUGGAUACAAUUAUACUGACCUUUCAGAUGGUGUAGCAUCCCCCUUUAGCAAUCAUUAAACCAUGGGGGGAUGAGAAAUUGUCUUCGAGAAUGUAUUUUGCAUGCAUCCUUGAAAAUGCCUUUCCUUUUCCUGUUUGCUUCCUGAAGAGGACAGGCGAGGUGUUGUGUGUGCUGUAUUUACCAUGAAAAUUCCCAAGACAGCUGGUAAGGGACCUUCUGUAUCACAAACCAACUGUACUUAAACCUUUUUCAGGCAAGGUGCAGGUGUGGUGUUACAACAUCACAUGACUGAGCUCUCAAAUUAGAGAAGGAAUUGGUGGCAGUGCUGUGUUCUCUGUCUCUGACAUGUAGUCACUGUGCAGCAAUAUGAAGGCAUUUCACUUCAUACUCCGCAACAGUAGUGAGUCUCCAAUUCUCAGUGCAUGCCCCUCACAAAUACCAGCUGUAUUUUAGCUGGCUGCAGUGGAAACAGACAACCUGGGGGCUGGACUCUGCUUGCUCUACCAGUGUGAAUCUGCAGCAGCUGUGUCCAGCCUUUUUUCUGCCUGGGGGCUUACAAACUUGAGACUUCCUGGUUUGGCUCUCUUCCAGACAUUGAAAUCUUCUGUGCAUAUCCCAACCCUUGGGGGACAGUUUAUGGCUCUGGUUGUCCAUGAGUGACACAGAUGGGAAUCUGCAAGAUAACAUUCAGGGUAGGGAUUAAACAUCAUUACAUACUUGGUUUUCAGGGAUGAAAGAGGGAGAAACAGACAGAUACAUCUGUACUAGCUGAUCCCUCAGGUAUGGGUAGGACAAGUAGAGCUUCUGUCCGAUCAUGUCAGCUCCCCUUCAUCUGUAGGAGGGCAGGUGACACAGAGUUGCAGUUCCUUACUCUUACAGAGUGGCAAACCCAGUGUGUGAAGCUGCAGAAGUGACAGCAACUGUGACUUGACCAGCACUGAAUGAAGGUGAAGAAGCCCCUGCUGCUUUCAGGCAUAUAGGCAUACGCUAAAUAUCAUCUAUGCAUAGAUGCACAGGAUUUGGGUGACUCCAAAUGCAGUUCAUAAACUCUCUCCUUUUAAUGGCAGAGUGAUGCAAGUGUUGUGCUGCAUAUACAGCACAACACAUACAGAGGUGUCCUUUCUGUUUUUUUAUUAUUUUAUUUUUUAAAGAAACCUCAGUGCUGUCUCCAGUAACUGCCACUAUAGACUCUCAGUGAGUUCGCUCUUGUUCACUGUAGCCAGGGGAAUGGUGAGGUGAGAGCUGCCUUCCUGUGCUCUUGGAAUGAAACAAGGUUUCCAGCUCUAUUAGCUCAAAUUGGAAGGAGGGAAGGAGGUUUUGGUGCUGAAAUGAAGAAAAUAGUAGCAAGGAUAAGUGAAGAAAUGCUGGUGGGGCUCUGGGUGAGACCUCUCCCAAAAGGGGAGCUGAGCCCUGCUAUAAAUGCAUUCUGUUCAGGCCCCUUCUGCACUCCUUAAGGGAGGGAAACUGAAGAUGCAGCUGUAGUUUCAGGCAUUCCUGUCUCACUGCUGCUGGAUUGGUGAGGGAUCUCAGUAACCAACAAUCACUGCAAGACUCUCACCCUAUUGAGGAAAAAAGGAACAGCACUAAGAUGGUUUUACUGUUGGAUGCAGGUAAACAGUUGGAUGCAGUCAAAUCUUUCAAGCCUCUUACAGGCCAACAGUGAUGCACCUGCUUAGCUACCAAUGUGUGUGUUCCACAUAGGUUGGAUUCAUCUAAUUGCUUUCAGCCUCUUACAUUUCAAUGCAUGCAGCCCCUGCAUCUGUAUUUUGUGCUGGUGAGCAUGUGUUGUGUGUUGCUUCCACCCAGGAUGAGAAAUGCACUGAAACUGGAGAUCAGAGAAGAAAACAAGGGGAAAUAUGAACAGUGUUUCUGAUGCAUAUUAGAGUCCAAGGACUGAACAGAUAAUACAAUUGCUUGUAAAAACUUAAGUGGCCUGGCCAAAUUGUAGGGGCAUCAACCAAUCCACCAAACUCAGGUGCCAGCUGGCAGGCUUGGGGAGUGUGUUUGUUCUUUGUACAGCAUGCCUUGCAAACCCUGCUGCAGCAGAUGGCUCUGGUUGGCCCUGGUGCUGACUGUGAGACUUAAGUACUGAAUAAACUGAAGAGCUGAAGCCUCCCCUCUGUCUCCCAAGGGUAAGCUACUCUAUUUUGGACUGAGAUGCAAUGACUAGAAAGAAACAUAUGGUGUUAUCAAAACUGUCUAGGUUUUCUGGUUUUUUUUAGUCUGUAUGUGUGUGUGUAAUGCAAGCAUGGGUUUUGGCAAGUAUCUCUACAAGGACCUCACUUCUACUGAAACAGUGCAUGCACUAUCUCCUGAAUCUCUGGAAAAGGCUUCAGAUAAAUAUAUCUUGUGAAAUACAUUCAGGGAAGGUAGACUGAAUGUGUGAAACCACAAGAGGAAAAGCAUUUAGCAGAGGUAUGAUGGUAACGGAAAUUGGUUUUCUGCAUCAUUUCUACAAAGCAUGGAUGACAUGUGACAGCACAGAGUUCCUGCCUUCUGCUCAUGUAAUUUGUUGUCUGUCUGCUUAUUUGUUGGUUCUCUUUAUUUGAGAAGAUGGUAUAGCC